CUUUACUUAUUCUCACUGUUGACUAAAAGUUUUGCCUAUAAAUACAAUUGCUUACAAUCCCACAAAAUCACAAGAAGAAUAGCGAACAUACCAAGUCAUUUCACAUACUAAUAUCUUUGCAUUUUCUCUUCAUCUCUUAUAGUCCAAAUCCCAUUGUUCAGGCUCUGCAGAUCAGAAUGAAGGGAUUCCUAGCAAUGAUUCUUAUGUUUGCCAUGGCUGCUGCGUUAGUGCAAGGCCAGGGCACUCGAGUUGGGUUCUAUAAAAGAACAUGCCCUCGAGCUGAAUCCAUUGUUAGGUCAACGGUGCAAUCUCAUUUCCGCUCUAAUCCUGCCAUUGCACCGGGCUUGCUGAGGAUGCACUUCCAUGAUUGCUUUGUUCAAGGCUGUGACGCCUCUAUUCUCAUUGAUGGUGCUGAUACGGAGAAAACAGCCCCUCCAAACCUUUUGUUGAGAGGUUAUGACGUCAUUGAUGAUGCCAAAACUCAGCUUGAAACUGCAUGCCCCGGCGUCGUUUCAUGUGCUGAUAUUCUAGCUCUUGCUGCUCGUGACUCUGUCGUUCUGACAAGGGGAAUAAACUGGCAGGUGCCUACAGGACGAAGAGAUGGGAGGGUUUCAUUGGCAUCUGAUACCUCCAAUUUGCCUGGCUUUAGGGAGUCCAUUGACUCACAAAAGCAAAAGUUCUCUAACUUUGGUCUCAACACGCAAGACCUUGUUGCCCUUGUUGGUAAGCCAUUUUACUUAGCCUUAUGUUUUACAUCUAUGUUCAAGGGUUUUUAUCCCGUUAAUAUUCCUCUGGUCUUAAGUCUUAGCAUUUUAUUUUUCCCUCUUACUGCAGGAGGACACACCAUAGGGACUUCAGCUUGCCAGUUUUUUAGCUACAGAUUAUACAACUUCACCAACGGUGGUCCUGACCCCACAAUCAACCCAGCAUUCGUCCCUCAACUGCAAGCACUUUGCCCACAAAAAGGUGAUGGCUCCAGGCGCAUUGAUUUGGACACCGGUAGUGGUAAUAGGUUCGAUGCAUCAUUCUUCACCAACUUAAGAAAUGGCCGGGGAAUCCUGGAGUCUGAUCAGAAGUUGUGGACGGAUGCAUCGACAAGAGCUUUUGUCCAGCGUUUCUUGGGUGCGAGAGGUUUGCCACCAUUGAACUUUAACGUGGAAUUUGCAAGGUCCAUGGUGAAGAUGAGUAAUAUUGGCGUGAAGACGGGUACUAAUGGUGAAAUUCGAAGAAUUUGCUCCGCCGUAAACUAAUAGUAAUUAAUUAAAGGAUUAAGAUUUCAUAAUGACGUUUGAAAAGUUUCAAUUGAUAACGAUAGAUAAUGGUUAUUUUAUUGAUUAGCGAAAGCUUAAAAGUUAAUUAGAAGAUAGAAGCUGAUAAUAAUAAUAAUAAUAAUGUUCGCUCCUUUCGACAAAGAGAGAAAGCAGUGGUGUGAAGCAGCAAUUCCAAAAAUGGGAUUUGUCUACACUUAACUUGUAUUAUUAGUAAUUAUGAUAUAUUUUUAUAAUUAUAUCUUUAUUUGAAUGGAAUAUUUGACUUUUGCUCUAUAAUUAAUCUUCCUUAUACUUUAAGAUUACUCUAGUUGCUCUAUUAUUAACUAUACAUGCAUUAUCAUUUGAGUUUGACAAUUGCU